AUGAAGCCGUAUUUUGGCUUGAGGGGCACAUCCCUGAACAUCAUGAUCAGUAUCAUUGCUGGUCUGGAUUUUCUACUAUUCGGCUAUGACCAGGGCGUCAUGGGUGGUCUAUUGACAUUGAACUCAUUCGUCACAACGUUUCCACAGAUCGAUACUACCAAGGCCGGCGAAAUGGGCCUCACCCAGGCCCAGCGGACUACUCGGUCAUCCGUGCAAGGUAUCACUACAGCCUCAUACAACCUGGGCUGCUUUUUUGGUGCCAUCUUUUGCAUCUGGAUUGGAAAUUGGCUUGGCCGUCGGAAGACCAUCUUUACAGGCUCCAUUAUCAUGGUCAUUGGCGCAACGCUGCAGGCCUGCUCUUACUCACUCCCACAUCUUAUUGUUGGCCGCAUCGUGACUGGCCUUGGAAACGGCAUGAAUACUUCUACUGUCCCAACAUGGCAAUCCGAGUGCAGCAAAUCUCAUCACCGGGGCCAGCUGGUUAUGCUGGAGGGAGCUUUGAUUGCCGGUGGUAUUACCAUCAGCUACUGGAUCGACCUUGGAUUCUCCUUCCUUGAUCCUAGCUCGGUGGCUUGGCGAUUCCCGAUCGCUUUCCAGAACUUUUUUGCACUCAUUAUUCUGUUUUUUGUACUUCCUCUGCCUGAAUCUCCUCGUUGGCUGAUUCUCAAGGGUCGCGAAGAAGAAUCAAUGGUGGUCUUAUCGGCUAUCUUGGAUCUACCAGAAAAUGACCGAUAUGUCCACUCUGAGUUCGCCGCCAUUAAGGAUGCCGUGCUCGCUGAUCAGUCGGUCAGCUUCCGUGACCUUUUCACAAUGGAUGAGAACCGUCACUUCCACCGUGUUGUCCUCGCCUACGUCAAUCAAAUGUUCCAACAGAUUUCGGGCAUCAAUUUGAUUACGUACUACGCUGCCACGAUAUACGAAAAGUCCAUUGGUAUGGACGGUCUGAUGUCCCGUAUUCUGGCUGCGUGCAACGGAACCGAGUAUUUCCUCGCGUCUUUGAUCCCCAUUUUUAUCAUCGAGAAGGUUGGUCGCCGACCCCUGAUGUUAAUUGGUGCCGCCGGAAUGUCCAUCUCGAUGGUGGUUCUUGCUGUCACUACUAGCUUUGUGGGUCAAACCAAGCCUGGUAUUGCCGCUGCGGUUUUUCUGUUUGUCUUCAACACCUUCUUUGCUUGGGGCUGGCUUGGUAUGACUUGGUUGUAUCCGGCUGAGAUUGUUCCCUUACGCAUUCGUGCUCCCGCCAAUGCUCUUGCCACCUCCGGAAACUGGAUCUUUAAUUUCUUGGUGGUAAUGAUUACCCCUGUUGCAUUCGACUCAAUUGGCUAUAAGACGUACAUUAUUUUCGCUGUGAUAAAUGCUUUCAUCUUCCCAGUCGUCUACUUUUUCUACCCAGAGACCGCCUACCGAUCUCUAGAAGAAAUGGACACAAUCUUCAACAAGACUACCAGUGUUUUCAAUGUCGUCUCCGUCGCCCGCAACGAGCCUCACCGCUAUGGCAAGAACGGCGAGCUCCUCAUCAACUACCAGGACACCGAAGAACAUCUCCGUCGCUCCAGCUAUGUCUCCGACAAGCAAAUUAAAACUCAGUUUACCUCAGGCUCUGACCUGGAGAGCGGCAAGGGCGGCACACACGUUGAAAACCCCCACAGCAGCGUGUCUGACAGCAACUAG